AUAACCUGGAAACCAAAGUCGAUAAUGAUAAAAGUCUACCGUUUCGAGUUGUGUAUAUUCGCUGAAAAAAUAGAAAAGUUUGUUUAGAAACUCAUAUUUAGAAAAGUGUUUUUAUAAGUUAAUAUACCAAAAAAAUUUAGCUUGAUAACUAUAAAUUUCAUAUGAACUGAAUACUGAAAUAUGGCUGAACAGCAGCGUCGAACAACCAACGAGCAUAUUUUGCGAACACAAUUGGACGCCUUAACUGCGCAAAACACCCGCCUACAGGAGGAGAAUAAUUUACUUCGCCAAAAGCUAACGCGAAUCACAGGCGAUCAUCGGUCUACAGCCGCAAUUAAUGUCGAAGCAAAAAUUGAGGCACUCAGACUUGAAGAUGAACGCGAUCAAAUGUAUGACAAUCUGGAGCGACUAAAAAAGAAAUAUAAUAAAUUACACGCGGCCUAUUUGGAGAAGGUACAGCGCUGCAAAGCUUUAGAAGAUACCUUCAAGCGGCAAAAAACGUUGUCAGGUUUGGUUUCGAAGACAGCAUUAAAUCAACGCGUACAAGAGUUGGCAGCGAAGACUGAAACGGUAAAUCUGGAAAAGCAGGUGGCCAAACUACAAACGGCGCUGGACGAAGCGUAUGAUAUAAUUGAUGAACUUGAAUUUGAACUAGAAAGUAUCGACUAUCUGGAGCAGGAAAAUCAACGCAUGCGCAACGAGUUGUUUUCUUUGAAGUCCAAUCGGCCGGCUAUUUUGCAACCAGCUGAAAAUUUGGCUAUCAAUGCGGUGCCGCCACCCGACUACGAUGAUCCUCCACCAAGUUAUGACGCAGAUGUCGCUGACGGUGCUAGUGGCAUGAUAAGAAAUGCGCUCCGUCUAUCGAAUGCAUCUUCUUCUAACGAAUCCCUACCCCAUGAUGAUGCGGAUAGUGAAACGCUAGAACGAGCUGCCAUGACACACACCUUGAUCGAGAAUGCUGCAGUCGAAAGUAGUCAAUUGCGUCGGGAGCUAUUAAAAUGUCGUCUGCAAAAUACGUGUCGUCCAAAGUGACCUGAAUUUCUAUAGAUUUUAAAUUUCUAUAAUUUUGUGGUUCCCAGUACGAAAUAUUUUGCAAGCCUUUAUUAAGUUUCAUCUGUUUGUAAUCAAAUCUUGUAAUAAAUGUUUAUCCAACUUCCCGAUUAGCUAUAGAUUUGAAACUUUAAAUUUAGCUUUGCUUAGAUCUUUAAACGAAUGCUGGCCUUCUUCCGAAGUUUUUGCCGAGCCGGACCUUUUUGCUAUCUAGAUUUAUUUUAUGUAUUCUAGUUUAAAAUUUCAAAAAAAUGUGGUAUUUCAACUUUUUCUUAAAAUCAGCUGACUUUCAGUUGAGAACUUCGGAAUUUGAAAUUGUAAUUAAGGAAUAUGCAUAAGUAUGUUCGUAUAAAAGAGUUCUUGGAGGUUCUGAUAUUUUUCAACAUUUCUCCACCAACGGUCACAUAAAAAACUCACUUGGCGAGAACGCAAACAAAUUGUUGUGUUUAAUUGACAACAUCAGGACGGCCGCUGUUGCUGACCGCUAAGAGGUGCGCACUACCACUGCAUAGGACUUGUGUUCGAUCCCUGGUCCGUACUAAUUCUAAAAAAAAAAAAAAAAAUAUUCCUUACAGCGGUCGACCCUCGGCACGAAAUUGCAAAACUCCCAGGAGAAGCUGGGCCAAAUACAUAGCAAGUUAGAGCCAAAAUAUUAUUAUUGUAUUAUUAAAGUUAAUGUAAACAAAUAUAUUUCCUACAUAACAAUAACAAUGCGCAGAAACUGAACUUUGACUACUUACUAUUUUAAGAAAAUGAUCAGCCCAAUGCUUAUUACCCCCGGGGAGUUAACUCCCAGGGAGUAGCAUUUUCCCGAAAACUUUGGAGGAGGAAAUUCGAGCUUCGGAAAAGCUGUUU